UAAUGUUAAUGAAUUAACCUCAAUACUCGAGUGGCGAAGAUGAGCGAAGGAAAGAAAGCAAGUAUAUUGUGGUAUCCUGAACAGAUGAAUCCCAUCUUUUACGACUCAGAUAGUUUCUCUUACAUCAGUAAAGUUCUAGCGACCAUCAACUGUCUUUCUUCGCUACUUUCUGCGCUUGGUAAUGCUCUUGUACUGAUGGCUAUUAUCACGACUCCUUCGCUUCACACUCCUGGUAAUAUUCUCAUCGCUGCACUCGCCUUGGCUGACUUUUUGGUGGGAACUGUAGUACAGCCAAUGUGUAUUGGUUUUGUUACUAACAAAGCCUUGUUCUUGGAUUAUAAUUACCAAGAUAGUGUAACAUUCCUUGCAAUUAUAACCACGUCAAUAUCAGUAACAUUAAUGGGUGCUGUUAGCUGCGAGAGGAUCUAUCUAUAGCUUGGCACAAACAAGCAUGUUUUUCCCGAACACUCAACAUCCAAGCAGCUGAAGCCACAUGCAGGAAUGUUUUCCGUAAGGUAAGG